AUGCCUCCAUCAGCUCAAACAACAAAGCUCCAAUCGACUCUGCGCCUCCUCAUCCCCCGUCUCCGCCUCCAACAGAAGAAAGACACCGCGUCCUCCGUCGCCCAGCGCAGGGAACUAGCCCAACUCCUCGAAAUUGGCCGCGAGGCGUCUGCCCGCUACCGAGUCGAGAAUGUCAUCGCAACAGAUAUCGGGGUCGAGGUAAUGGAGAUGAUAGAACUAUAUUGCGAAUUGCUGCUUGCGCGCGCAGCUGUGCUCGAUCAACUCGCGUUCUCCGAUAAAGGUGUCGAGGCACGGAAUAAAGCAAAGGAAGAGCUUCAUAGAUUUAAUCUAGAGAAGAAGAAUGCUGCAUCUGCGACGUCGACGCCGGAGCCGAAGAAAAGUGGAGGGUUUGGAUGGUUUUCGAGCAACAAGGUGUCUACGACAGUUCCUGCGCAACAACAUCAACACCAGCAGCAGCCACAACCACAGGAACUGCAAACUUCGACCACGACAGCCGCAGAUGAGAGCGAUGACUUCAACGACGAAGCGAAUAGCUACAUAAACGCGGGUCUCGACGAAGCCGCCGUGGCCAUAUUCUAUUCCUGCCCUCGUUUCCCGCGCGAAGUCAAGGAAUUAACCACCCUACGUCUGCUACUGAUGGAGCGCUGGGGCAAAGAAUUCGCGACUCUUGCACAGGAUAAUAAUGUCGCAAUCAAGAUCCCAGAACGCCUUGUUAAGAAACUGCGCGUGAAACCGCCUUCGACGGAAUUGGUAGAGAGUUAUUUACGCGAGAUUGCGAAGGCGUAUAAUGUUCGCUGGCCUGCGGGGGAAGAACUGGCGGAGGGCGAUGUACCGGAGUUGAUGUCGACGGACGAAACGUCUUCUCCGCCGGGUUAUGAUGAUGGCGACAACACGGGUGACGUUGCGGCGCCGCAUACGCCGCGAAAGAGCCUUGCUGAUAAUAUUCGUCGUGCGUCUGAGACGGAUGAAUUGUCGCGCGCCACGCCACCGAGGGAUAUUGGGACACACGAUGCAACGGGGAAGAGUCCCGUCAGUGUUGCGAAGCCAGGACCUUCUACAGAUAAUCCGGAGCCUAGGGUUAAGAUCCCAGGCGAUACUGAUACAAAUAAAAAGGAGGGCGGUGCUCGUCCAGGUGGGCUACAGAGGAAGGAUAGUAAGGGGAUACCGAAUGUGGAUGAGUUGUCCAAGAGGUUUGCUGCGUUGAAGAGGUAG